UCAGUAGUCGUCAGGCCGUUUUUCCGGUCGGUUUAACGUGCGUCCAGCGGGUCGUGGUGGUCGCGCGCGUACCCGGAGUCAUCAUUAAGAUACCAUCGUUCAACGGUGAUCACGGUCCGCUUCAUCCUGACGACACUGAUCGGCGAAAACGUCGCGGACUCGGCCAGUGAACCGCGCGUUGCCCAACGUCGCGCAACUCGAACGCACCGGCUACCCUCGGGAAGACGCUGUCCGGGUCGGGAACCUCGCACAGUGCGGCAGCUUCCGGGAACGCUUUUCUUCGGCGAGUUUCGGGUGAUUUCCUCAUCGAUCCCGUCGGCCAGCGUCGUUGGCGAAACCUUCGUUUCGUCUCGUCGCCGUGCUCUUGCGCCUGAUUUCGUGUGAUUAAAGCUCCGAGCGUUAGAUCGGCGGGACGCUGCGCGCGAAUAAUGCCGGCAAAAGCUGCUCGCUCGUGAUUCCUAUGAGUUGUGAUCCUGUGGUGGCAGGUGAAGAGGCGCAGGUCGCCAGUUUUCAGCGCCGGCCGACCCGAUUAACUCUCUCGGCUUGACUUAAAAAGUCUUCCGAAAGAUUCGCAAAAAAAAAAAGAGAAAAAAAGCGAAAGACCGGGUGCCGUGGGCGGACUAAAACUCCUCUCCUAUCUUUCGCUCUGGGUGGUUUCUUCUUUCUGUAACGCACUCACACACACGUGCCACUCGCCGUGUGCGUGCGUGCCGCUGUUACCGUCGCACUUACAUCUGCGGGAGGUCGUCCCCGAAGGAGCCUUCGACUUUUACGGCACGCAAGGGGUCUGAUGCAUAGUCGGCCCCGACGAAUCGGGACUUAGCCGUGCGAAAGUCGAGAGCUGCAUCGAUGCCGAAAUCGACAACUAAGUGGAGAUUCUGGAGGAAGUCGAAGAGGGCCGUUCUCGAGGAGAACGAGCAGAAGGAGAGCAAACGUAAGCGCUCGGAACCAGUGGUGGUGACACAGUUCAUCGUGCAGGACGACCGAGUCACGGAGCAGGAACCGAGGCGAAAGACGAUGGAGCAUCCAUUGAGCAACAAGGGCGUUGAGAGCCGCCUACCGAAGGUCACGCAGAUCAUCGAGGAUUAUGAAAUCAGCAGUCAUGUGCUGGGCCUCGGUAUCAACGGCAAGGUCGUGCAGUGCUACGACAAACAAAAGAGACAGAAGUACGCCCUUAAGGUCCUACGUGAUUCCGUUAAGGCGCGGAGAGAAGUCGAGCUUCACUGGAAGGCGUCAGAUUGCAAGCACAUAGUCCAAGUGAAAGAUGUGUACGAGAACACCUACGGAGGCUGCAAGUGUCUGCUGGUAGUCAUGGAAUGCAUGGAAGGCGGCGAGCUGUUCCAGAGGAUACAAGACAGACAAGACGGUGCUUUCACCGAAAGAGAAGCCGCAGAAGUGAUGUACGAGAUUUGUGCGGCGGUGAAGUACAUACACGACAUGAACAUUGCUCACAGGGACCUGAAGCCCGAGAAUCUUUUAUAUUCGAGACCCGAUAGCACGGGAAUUCUGAAACUCACCGACUUCGGCUUCGCGAAGGAAACGUUUUCGAAGGAUAACACACUGCAGACGCCGUGCUACACACCCUACUACGUCGCCCCGGAAGUUCUGGGAACAGAAAAGUACGACAAGAGCUGUGAUAUUUGGUCACUGGGAGUAAUCAUGUACAUACUAUUAUGCGGCUUCCCACCGUUCUACAGUAUGCACGGGCACGCGAUGUCGCCCGGGAUGAAGAAGAAGAUACGGCAAGGGCAGUACGACUUCCCCUCGCCGGAAUGGUCGAACGUGAGCAUGGAGGCGCGGAAUCUUAUCGAGGGCAUGCUCUGCAUAGACCCAGCGCAGAGGUUGCAGAUCGACGAUGUCAUGCGCAACAAGUGGAUCGCCAGAUACACGGAGGUGCCCGCCACCCCCUUACACACUGGACGCGUUCUGCGUGAGGGCGAGGAGUCCUGGCCCGAGGUGCAGGAGGAGAUGACGCGAUCGCUGGCGACGAUGCGCGUGGACUACGACACGGCGCGAUUGAAGCAGCUCGAUCACACGAACAAUCCGCUGCUGAACAAGCGGAGGCGCGCGAAAGAGGCGAACGCGGUGCCGCCGGCCGCUAGUCCGACGGCCGCUUCCUAGGGGGACGCCGCCGCCGGCUUCGGAACCAGACGGAACUGGACUGUCUUCUUACGUAGAUGUGUCCGAUACAGCGUGGUCACCACGAGGAUCGUUUUCUGACUGCUACAUCUCACCAAGCGCAAGAGAUUCCGGAGUAGAAUAGUGUCGAAGGGUGCUUAGCUUAGGCCGCGCGCGACGCUUGAGAGAAGCGCGCACCGUGUCGCGCUUAUUAACGUUCGGUGUGUCACACACGGAAAAAGCAAUCCGAUUGGUGCAAUUGAAUUCUCCCCGUCGCCUGAGACCAGACGAAAACUUGGUUAUAGGAAUAGAAAGAUUCCCGUAGGAAGUAUUUAGUAAGAUAUUUUAGGCUUUCACGAUGCGGAGGAAUGCUUGAUUAGGCUUCUGAGUUAGUGCCAACAGUCUGUGAAGGGAACAAAUCCAUUGAAGGACGCGGUACCAAGUCUGAAGCCAAAUCAACAAGGGGAUGUCGGAGUGGCUGUCAAACUCCGGUAGGAAUAUCGGUAAUAAGGUCGUUGAUAACAUUACGUUACGACGUUAUCUUGACGUCAAUAGCAAAUAUUAUCUUUCGUCGACAGCUCUAGACGUUAUAUUAAAAUAAGGACUAACAAGAAGAAAUACAGUUUUUGGACUUUUUUUGUUUUCGGUAACAAAAUCGAGCGAGCUGUAUUAAUGUAUGUAUUAUCAUCAUGCGAAAGUAUUUAUGGUUUUACGUAGUCAGAAGCGAGAACAGUGUAUCCAAAAAUUCUGGUGAAUUCUGUCACUCCGACAUUCCCUCAAACGUUCCGGUCGGAGGUUUCUGUUCAGUCAAUUGCUCUCGACCGAGGUUUCUGCUCAGUCGUCUCGACCGAGUUUCAAUGCGACCGAACGUUUAAGCGAACGUGCCCAGUCGCGGUAACAGAGAUAUUGUUUCUUGCCGUCGAGUUUUCAUCCGGUCCCUGUUCAGUUGCAGGAACCGAGAUUGUUUUUCCGUGCAGAACGCGCGAUGGGUUUCGUUAACAGCGACGAUGUAAUACGCAACGACGACAAUAUCGCCCUAACGAACGCGAGUGAACGAGGCCUUCUUAAUUAUCGAACAACACCGUCCCCACCAGCUAGAUAAGGCUCGUUUACGAAUACGCGGGAAGUGUGUAUUACUUCCGUACGUUUUUUUUUUUUUAAUGCGCCAACCGCAAGUGACUAAUUCGUGCACGCGGAUGAAGGACGAAUUACACUGUCAUCGGGUACUAAGGAAAUGUAUAUUGCUCGCUUAUCGUCAGCUUAAUUCCCGUCAGGAUUAUAGAUCUAGCAAUUACAUUUAUUCCGAUACAAUGGCCUCGAGAGACGCUGACGAGGAAGUCGGCCAAUGGCUAAUCGGCAAAUGGUACUACUUGUAUGGACGGCAUCGUGUAUGCUGUAGCAUUCCCUAAACGGAGAGUUAUAUGAGAGUUAUAUGACGGAAAGUUACAUAAUUUUCAGCCUUACACAUAACAUAUUGAAGAUCGCAGAAAUAAUUAUUAUUUAAAAUUUGAUUUUACAUCUCUAGUAAUAGUAAAACAUUUCAAUCUAGGCAAUGGAAUCUAGUCGGCGCUGAUAAAAGUUGCAACAUUUUUUCUUCGAUAAGUUUCACAACGCAUUUCAUAUCCAAUAGGAAAAUAUAUUUCUUGAGAAUUACUAAGAAACGAAUUGGUCCUAUUGGACACUGAAACCGUUACGGAACUCAUCGAAAAAGAAGUAUCACGACCUUUAUUAUGUCGACUGUACAGCAUGCAUAACGCCGAUUAUACUAUGUCUUCUGACAAAUUUUUACACGUUCGCCACUACGUUUCAUCUGGGAAAUCGUUCACUACACAGACUACAUUCGUUUCUAUUUAUACAAUAGUGUAAAACAGACUCGAUUCGUUCACGUAUGGAUGAAAAUCGUAGAAUGAAAAAUUAUACUAUAAUUUUUAUUUUUGUUAAUUAUUAUUAUUAUAUAAUAAUUCAAUUCCCACACAUACACGACGUACGUCGGUCUCUCGUGAAAAACUGUCCCAGCAAACAUCAAUCAACAAUAACAUAACGUCGAUGUUAUAAUUUCCCACUCAACAAUGCAAUUGUUACAUAAUAGGCGUGUUAUGUUGCAUUUAUAUUGUUGAGUGGGAAAUUAUAACAUUGAUGUUAUGUUUUAUUAAUUGAUUUUUAUCGUUUGACGCGUUAUUAGUUGAUGUUUGACGCGUGGUAGCGAACGUGUUAAACUUACAACUUGCACUUGAAAAAGUGCAUGUAUAACUAGGUGCUAUGUUUUCUGAGUGUGUCUCUGUGCACAAGUAAUACAUACCUGUACUCUGGGUAUCGAUCAUGUUAUUUCACGUGAAAGAUUUCACUUUCCGUAUUACCGAUUUUGCGUGAACUUCUUCACUAUUCGCGCGAUCAUGUAAUUCUUUUGACGUGUAGAAAGUAAAAAUCACUCAACGUGAUUAAUGGUAUAAUGUCGGAGAAGUGAAUCUAUUAUUAAAAUAUCUAACCAACGCCUGGUCUUAAAAAUAACAACAUAAUUUUAGAAAAGUAACGUUUCUUGCAUCUCAGCGUAAUAGUGACGUUACACUCUGGAUCAGUCAUGUCACUAGGUUUCCACCUUCCCGCCAGUAAGUUUGAAGGUGAAGAAAAGUUGACGUGAGAAAUUUUACGCUUCACAAGUUCGCGUGAAACUUUUCACGUUUCCGUUCCGAACUGGGAAAGUUACGUGAUCGAUACCCUGACGUAUACGUCGGCGAUGAGAAACGGUCGCCUUUCACAACGUAACGCAAAAUACAAAAUAACGUGAUGGCUAUAUUUACCCGUACGCUAUGCAUUAAGAUUAGCUGUAGUGAUAGUUGCUCACACACUUCGAUAUCACGCUAGAGAAUUUAAUCUCGCUGCCGUCAGCUAAUCGGGCGCGCGAUGUAUCGUAAAAUAUCAUGCGCGAGGGACGACAUCUCACUGUAAUAUCGUCAUUUGUGCCCGUCCAGCUCGUGUCGAGUGUAACUAUGAAUUUCCACGGUUAUUGUUAUCCGCGUCGGUUUAGCAGGGACUUCGAGCUUCUCGCUCGGUCGGGCUAAUAGCGCAACCAAUUUCGAAAUUAUUGAAUAAUUUCUAUUCCAAUAACUAUACAUACAUAUAUAUGCUUGAUAUUUUCAACACACUUAGUUAUAUUUACAUACAUUUAUGCCCGUUUCCACCAUUAUAGUUUAAAUCUAAUCAACGAUUGAUUAAUUCAACGGGAUUGACCAACUCAGCCAAUUUCGUUUGGCUAAUUCCGUUGAGUUAAUCGUCGAUUAGAUUUAAACCACGAUGGUAGAAACAGGCAUCGGUCUCCGUUUAGGAUUGACAAAUAAUCACAGCGAGGUAAUUCGCUCGAAGGAUUGCGAGAUGUAUAUUAUCUUUUAGACACGACGUUGAAGCUGAAUUCAAAUGUACUGACCUUUUGCGCUCCGCUUUGUGCGCGACAUUGACGGUUUGACCUUUCACUCGGAUUCACAAUAUAUUCGUUACACAUCUCGCAUUAUCAAACUGAAAAGAAAAAAUCCAUUUAACAGUAGUAAUGUGCUACAUAAUCCGCACAUUUACUUUAAUUUGGCACAAUGUUGUGAACUGAGUUAACAUAUUGGAACAAAACGGCGAGGACACUCGAAGCCUGAGCGCAAACGGUUAAAAUCUGAUCAUUUAUUACGUUGCAAACAUUACAAAUUCUGUGUUUAUCCGAAAACGACAAAGUACUACGGAAUAAGUGUAGAUCAGUGUGUUCCAGUACUAUAUCGUUAGAUAGUGAUAUAAAAAUUGUAUAUAUUAUUUCUACUAACGCGCGUUCCGUGUCGGGCCAGUUUUACGCGAUCUGUCACAACGCGCGGGUGAAUUGCGCGGCAGGGAACGCGCGUUAAAUUUGUUCGCGAUAGAUAUUGUAUAAAUAUUUACGAUUGUGUAGAGAAAGGAGAACCGUUGGAGAUUCACGCAAGAGAAUCAAAUGAAAUGUCGGUCGAUCGGUUUUCGGCUAUGAAUUACUAUCGGGGAAAAUGAAGGAUGAAAAAGGAAAAGUUUUCGACGUGCCUGUAACUUCGGUCCAAGAGAAGGAUCGUGUUACCGCGAAUGCGAGUUCUCGAGUAUUCGAAAAGUGUCAGUAAAGAGAUACAGUAUCACUGUAGAGAGUAGUUCAUAUUUUAGAGAGAGAGAGAGAGAGAGAGAGAGAGAGAGAGAGAGAGCAGUCAUUUUUCAGACAUGUCUAAAAUAAUCACAGCCUAUACACGUGAGAGAGUUGUAUCCGUACAAAAUUUAUAUAUAUGGAGAGUUAUUCCAAUUCCAGAUCGUAGAAUGUAUCGUACAGAUAGUAUAGUUUUUAAUCGUAUACAGAGAGGGAGGGAGAGAGAGAGAGAGAGAGAGCAUACACAGUUCCCGUGUCCCCUACAUCGAUCGGUGGAUUCGAUUAUUGUGUCUACGAGAAUAACGAAGAUGAUGGUGUGGCCGUACACGCUAAGUCAAUUUCAAGUUAAACAAUUGCAUAAACGGUUAUUCAAACCGCAGUAGCGAGGUAUUUUUGUAAAUCUAAGGUGUGCCGGUUCGAUCUGCAUUUAAAAAAAAAAAAGGAUUGACAAUAAAUGUAAACCCCCGUAACUUUCACCUCUUACUUACCGUUAUACUCGCAUCCGGUUGUGGUUCUCGGUAUUAUCACACAGUGACGUCAGAGUCGCGUAUUUUUAACACACACGACAGCUGUAAAUUUCACAUACACUAAAUAUAAACUAAAAUGUUGACAAUUAAAAGAUUAAAGAAAACAUUUUGUAUCCAUC